AUGAAAGCACUUUCCUUGUCGAAGGGCGAGAGCACCACCAAGACGAAGAACGAACUCAAGGCCGAGGAAGCGGCAGAAAGUGAAAGACGCAGAGCUCGCAAGGAGCUCGAACUUUUUGGACAAGAACACGAUCAUCGGCCAGGAGCUUUGUCUGCAAAUGAAACCUGGUGGUGUCAGCAAUAUCUAUGGUUGAAGAAUCAAGGGUAUCUACUUCGUUCUCGGUACGCGCCGGAUUGGGUGCCAUCUUGGGAAGGUACCGAGCGCAAUCCGUUUACCUGUGAAGACGGACGUUCUAUGCGAUUUGGCCAAGUUAUGGACGCAACGCGUGUAUCCGAUGGUUUAUAUGUUUCACUCAAAAUUGUGAAGAAGUCGCGGCACCCUUACGAGGUAGAGAUAGGGCAAUGCUUCAUGUCAGAGCCACUUGCAUCGCAUCCCAAAAACCACUGUGUUCCUUUUCUUGAUGUGUUAUCGCCACCGAACGAUGAAGAUAGACAAUUAAUUGUCAUGCCGCUGCUGCUUCCUUUCGCUCGGCCGCCAUUCGACACAUUUGGUGAGGUGAUAGAGUGUGUUAGACAACUAUUUGAAGGUCUACUGUUCAUGCACAAUAACCAUGUAGCACAUCGCGACUGCAUGUGGAUGAACAUAAUGAUGGACGCCAAAGACCUCUAUGCCGAGCCCUAUCAUCCUGUUGAUCCUCUCAUGAAGCGUAACUUCAGUGGCCAUGCCAGGCAUUAUACUCGCACUCAGCGACCACCAAAAUACUAUUUCAUUGACUUUGGUUUAUCACGUCGAUACGAUCCUAGCAAAGGCACUCCCCUGGAGUACCCGAUUUUUGGUGGUGACAAAUCGGUACCAGAAUUUCAAAACAAUACAAACGUCCCCGUGAACCCAUUCCCCACUGACGUCUACUAUCUCGGUAACGUCAUUAAAGAGGAGUUUAUGGAGACAAAAACAGGUUUUGACUUUUUGAAACCUCUCGUAGAUGACAUGGUUCAGAAUGAUCCCAAUGCGAGACCUACGAUGGACGUGGUAGUCGAGCGUUUUGACUUAAUUCGACAGCAGCUCAGCUCAUGGAAAUUACGCUCUCGUGUCAUUGCAAGAGACGAAGAUAUCUUCGAAACUCUGUAUCGCACUGUCACCCAUCUCAGGCGACGGAUAGGUUUCAUCAUAAAGCGUGCACCAGCCGUACCUCGGUUUCAAGACUGAUCACAUACCCUGCAGUGUUGCUAUGUAGAUCUAGAACACUGUUAUACUAAAUUUACAAUUCAUGACUUUGGUUCGCAACAUGAGUUACAACUUGACAUGUCCAG